AUCAAUCGAAUAUCAAUCGAAAUAUGUAUCGAACUCGAAAAAUUCCUCAUUUUUAUCAACAAUUUUCUUUCUUUACCUUCUUUCUCUCUCAAAUAUCAUAACUUUUCUUUCUUCUCCUUCACUUCUUCCUUCUAUAAACUAUAAACAGAAUCCUUCCUACCCAGUAACAAGUCAACAACAUAAUGUCUGGUUGAGAAAUCUCAGAAAUUACACUCUUUUCUUUCAAAUUAUUACAUGUUUUCGAAACAAUCUACCAAAUCAUCUCAAUUUAAUUGUUUUAUUCAAACCACUCAAACUCCCAGCAACGUUUAGAUACUCUCUAGUAAUUUCUUUAAAAAUUUUGCCCAUCCUGUUUAUCGAACAAUGUUUGUUCAUUCAUCAAUCUUCACUGUAAUCUGAUUGAAUCUGAUCAAUGUUUCGCACGUGUUGAAUCCUUUCUUCCAUGAUUCUUUCUUCCUUGACGACAAAUGUCUAGAAACAAUAUGAUUAUUGUAUGCGACAGAUUUUAACAUCCAUUUUUUAUUCUUUCAUUUCACGAUGCAGGUCUCUUGUCCAAACAAUGUGAAAAUUUAUAACUUGAGCGCUGGAAAGUCCCUCCCAGAGUGGUUAUCUGAACGUAAAAGACGAAACUUGUUAAAAAAAAAUGUCGAUAUACGACGUCGAAUCGAACUUAUCCAGGACUUUGAUAUGCCUGGAGUUAGUACUUCUAUUAAAGUUACAAAGGAUGAACAGUAUAUUUUGGCAACUGGAAUAUACAAGCCACGCGUAAAGUGUUACGAUGUAAAUAAUUUAUCUUUAAAGUUCGAACGCUGUUUCGAUUCCGAAGUUGUUACUUUUGAUGUAUUAUCGGAUGAUUACAGUAAAUUGGUUUUCUUACACUGCGAUAGAAAUAUCGAGUUCCAUGUUGCUCAUGGAAGAUAUUAUAGACUCAGGAUACCACGUUUUGGAAGAGACAUCAAGUAUCAUUAUCCGACUUGUGACUUAUUCGUCGUAGGAGACAGUAACGAGAUUUACAGAAUAAAUCUUGAAAGAGGACAAUUUUUGCAGUCUUUCUCGACAGAAGCGUCCUCGUUAAAUAAGUGCGAAAUAAAUCCAGUACAUCAUCUGCUUGCUGUGGGAACAGAGGAGGGAAAAAUUGAAGCAUGGGAUCCUAGAAGUAGAAGUAAAGCGGGUACCUUGGACUGUGCUUUGCACUGUAUCGGACAAAGCGAUAAGUUACAAGUAAUCCCUGCAGUUACUAGUUUAAAGUUUCAAGGAGGCUUAACGUGUGGAGUGGGCAUGUCAAAUGGACAGAUAUUGUUGUACGAUAUUCGUUCGAAUAAACCGUUUUUGAUCAAGGAUCACAUGUAUGGGUUACCCAUCAAGAGUAUCGAAUUUCAUCAGAAAAUGGACAUGGUUUAUUCUAUGGACAGUUCUAUUGUCAAGAUAUGGGACAAAAACAAUGGAAAAUUGUACACGUCGAUCGAAGCCGAAAACGAUUUUAACGACAUGUGCGUUAUACCAAACACCGGAAUGCUUUUAAUUGCUAAUGAAAAUAGAAAAAUGCAAACGUAUUAUGUUCCUUCUCUUGGUACAGCUCCUUAUUGGUGUAGCUUCUUGGACAAUUUAACGGAGGAAUUGGAGGAAUUAAAUUAUGAAAUUAUUUAUGACGAUUAUAAAUUUCUUACCGAGAAAGAGUUGGAUGAAUUAGGUCUUUUGCAUUUAAAAGGCACUAAUCUUCUUCGUGCUUAUAUGCACGGAUACUUUAUGGAUAUUCGAUUGUACCGAAAAGCGAGAGACGCGAUGAAACCGUUUGAAUUCCAAGAAUACAAGAAAAAGAGAAUUCAGGAAAAAAUGCAAGAAACUUGCGCUAGUCGAUUACAGAUUGAAAAAAUAGCAACCGUUAAUAAAGAGCUUGCGUUGAAACUGAUGGACGAGACAAAUACGAAAAAGAAGAAAACAACUUCUUCUUCCGGCCUUCUAAAAGAUGAACGUUUCAAAGCACUUUUCACUAAUCCCGACUUUCAAGUGGACACAACCUCGGAAGAGUAUUCGUUAUUGAAUCCCGUUGUCUCUCAGUUGAAUAAAAGUCGGGCAAAGAGGUUGUUGAAAGCCAAAGCAACGGAAGAAGAGAUGAAACUCGAUCCUACAAACGAUGAAACGCAAGAUAAUAAUAGUUCCGAUGAAAGUUUCAUUCAUGAUGAUAGUAGUUCGGAGGAUGAAAAAGUAUGGGUUAAAGAAGUGAAGAAACAAUAUCGGUUAAUGAAGAAAAACGAACGGGAGAUACAAGAGGAGGAUGAAAGUGUAAAAAACACCGAUGAACAUAGAGAAAAUGAACCCAAGUUUUAUGAAAUCAAAGAGAACGUAGAAUUCAAAGAUGCAAAACCGGUAGCAAAGAGACUAAACAAGGCUAGUUUAGGAGAAAGACUAAGAGACCAAGAAGCUCAUAAUAUUCAAGUUUCUGGUUCUCGUGGUAAUAGAGAAAUGACUUUUGUCGUUGAAAAGGUAAGUUCGAACAAUGAAUCAAAGAAUGGGAAAGAUCCUCCUCAGCAAAAUCAUGAAGAAACAAUGCAGACAUCUACACCGUCCGGAUUAUCAGAAUUGCAAAUGCAAAGUACAGAAGUUGGUGAAAUCACUGAAAUGCCAGAUUUUGAGAUGUUAAGUACGUCUGCGGUACUUCACUAUUGUAAGCAUAAAAUAUUAAGGCCGUAUUUGAGAUUGUUGGGAGUAAUGGGUUUAAAACCAAUGAGCAGCGAUGAUGAUUCCGAACGAUGCUCUUGUUAUUGUAUUCUUACAAAUCUUCAUACUUUACAAGUCAUAAUAUUUAUGUGCAUUGGAUAUAUUUUACAAUAUAUGGCAUGUUUUAGAAGAGACAGAGGAUUUUGUUACAAAACACUACCUUUAGAACUUGAAAUUGUAGCAAAUAUCAGCAAGGAACAUACAGAGGAAAUUAUCUGCUUUGGAAAUAUUAUAUUUAGUUAUCUAGUUCCUAGUGUUUUACAUUUAGUAGCAUAUUUAUAUACGGUAUAUCUAUUCCGGAUCAAAGAAAACGAACAGCUACAAAAUUUAAUGGAGAGAGCAUUCCUUCUCUCAUCUAAUCCUGUAAAUCGUGGAAAUCAAAGAAAACUUGUACGAAUACUAUGGCUGUUCAUAGCAUUGAGCGUGGUAUGGAUAAUGAUGGCAUUAAUCACAGUAAAUAUUCUGAUGGCCCAAGGAAGUAUUGUAUUUCAAUGGUUAGAACAGAGUCCGUAUCAAGUAAAAAUAACAUUGAAGGUAUUUUUAAUUGUAUGCACAUUAUGGCACGAUAUGGUUCAAGGAACGAUUAUCACCAGUUACUGUUUACAAGGGCAACUUUUAUUGGCACACUUGUACUUUCUUCGUGGCAAGUUGCUUCACCAUACUUUAUCUCCUAUCGAUUGGAUGAAGGAAAUAUGCGAAUUUAAAAAACUAUUGAAAUAUUUCAAUGACGAACUAGGACCAGCUGUAUGUAUCUAUACAGUUGUGAAUUUAUCAUGGGCUGCCGCGGGUACAAUUUGGUUGCUUCGAUAUGAUAAUUAUAAUGGUGAUGCACAAAAUAGUCCUAUUACAUGGAUCGGAAUAGUGAAUGUCGUAUUAUGGAUUUUAAUAUCGAUAGUUCCUUUUAUUCAGGCAGCUCGUUUAAGUACAGCUUGUUCUAUGAUUCAAAGUAUUGGACAUGAAGUACGCAUCCGACCAUUUGUUUAUCAAAGCACUCCAGGUGAGGAUCUUGACACUAUACUUUUGUAUACGUCGUCGCUAAAAAUGUGUGCUAGACUGUUUAGGGUACCAGUCACAGGUAGAUAUCUUUGCCUUUUACUGACGGUAGGUAGCAUCUUAAUCCUCACUCUUGGACAAUGUCAAUUUUUCUGAUUAUUGUACCGUCUUAAUCAUAUUUAAU